AUGGAUGAUGUAUUCAAAUCGCCGUCGCUUCCAAUUCCGCCGCACUCGCUAGCCGCCGAAAAGCACAUCGGUCUCGCGGCGACGCAACGCGAGGAGCCGGUGGCCGAAGUCAUCGACGAGCUCGAAACCGCCGAGGUCGAACUCGAGAAGGAGACGAAAAUUUCGGUGCAAGCGCCGAUUCUCCACUACACACCGCCGCCGUGGGCGUGCCAACCCGACGAGAAUCGCAAAUAUCAAUUGGAAAUCGUCAAAGACGGCCGAAUCGUCGGCCAUUUCAAUAUGGAAAAUCGCCGGAAUUCGACGUACGUGGUGAUCGGACGAAUCAAACAGACGUGCGAUUUGGUGCUCGAGCAUCCAUCGAUAUCAAGGCAUCAUUGCAUUCUGCAAUACGGCGAAGACAUCAUGUCAAGGUCAGGAAAGGGUUGGCAUAUUUACGAGCUAGGAAGCACCCAUGGAUCAAAGAUGAACAAGAAAAAACUUCCGCCAAAGCAGUAUAUUCGAACAAAGGUUGGCUUCAUUUUCCAAUUCGGCGAGAGCUCACGAUUCUACAAUUUGCUUGGUCCCGAGGAGGACACCGAAGCCGAAUGGGAUUGCUCGCCGACGGAAAUGAAAUUGAAGGCGCACAAGAAGAUUCUCGAGGCGAAAUUGAGAGCGGCCGCCGCGAAAGAGAUGGCCGACGAUGAGAAGCGCGCGAUCGACGAGGAGGGAUGCAAUUGGGGAAUGGAUUAUGGCGACGAGGAGAAGCCGCUGCCAAUGAUGAUGGAAACUGACGAGCAUUUAAUGGAAGACCGCGAGGCGUUUUAUAAUCAAGAUCCGAAAAAGGCGUUGGCGAAGUUUUUCGAGCGCGAGGGUUUCGAUAUGGUGUUCGAUUUCAAUGAGCAAGGCCAAGGUCUCACCCACAAAUGGGUUUGUAGUAUCGAACUGCCCGUCGAAAUUGACGGCGUCGAUCGCGCGUUCACCGCGUCGGCGACGGUGUCCACAUCGAAAAAAGACGCGCAAGUUCAGUGUGCGCUCGAAGCGUGCCGAAUUCUGGACUCGUACGGUGUUCUGCGGCGAUCGAACAGCAAAAUGCGGAUGAAGAGGAAGACGCUCGAGGAGAACGACUACUACGACGAGGACGACGAUCUCUAUCUGGAUCGAACCGGCCAAUUGGAGAAGCAGAGGGAGAAGCGCAAGCAAUGGGCCGAAGAGGGCAUCGCGCACAAGCACGUCGAGAAGGACACCUAUGAGAGUCUGUGCAAGAAGUUGGACGAGGCGAAGGCGGAGAUCGACGAGUGUCAGAAGCGGCUCGACGAGCUCAACGCGAACAAAGCGGCGGCGGCAGCGAGUGUGGCGACGAGCGGCGACGCGCUCGACGACUAUGUGCGGGAAUUGGAGAAGACGGGCGGUCGCGGUGUCGACGCGAAAACCAAAAUCGAGAAGUCGAAAUGGCGGCAGCGUCUCGUCGCCGCCACACACGAGCUGCAGAAGCUCGAGAAGCUCGUGAGAAUCGCGAAACCCGUCGAAUUGUCGGGAAUGAAGGCGCUGAGCGCGACGAGUGGCGACAAGCGCGCGUUUCUCCGCAAAAUGGUGGAGGCGAAGCGCGCGAAAAAUCAGGCAGUCGCUAGUUCGCCACAAGCGACGAACGAUGCCCCAGCUCCUGAGCAACCAGAGGCUGGUUCAACUUCGCAGCCUUCAAGCUUGCCACAAGCGACGAACGAUGCUCCAGCUCCGGAGCAACCAGCAGCUGGUUCAACUUCGCAGCCUUCAAGUUCGUCACCUCCACCUCAAUCAGAGCCGAGUGGAUUGCAGAAACGAGUUGCCGAAUGGGAGAAUGAGUUGGAGGUCGAGCAACAAAUGGAGAAGGAGAAACGUCGAAAAUUAAAUCAGCGCGUCCGAAAACGCGAUAUUGAGAAGAAGAUAGCCGGCGCCGAGGAUUACGGCGUCGGAUGCGAGGAUCGCGAUCAAAAGUAUGCAACGUGGAUGCCGCCCGACGCCGAGCAGAACGCCGCCAAGCAAGAAGCGCUCCGCGCUAAAUUUGCCGGCAAAUAUUAA